AUGGCCCAGCUCAAUAAGUGCGCCGCGUGUGGAAAGACUGGUCAGUCAAUCUGCCGAUGCUACCGGAUGCGUCGACUACGCUCUACUGAUACAGCUGCUCCUGUGAUAGCUCCUGAGGCACCUUCGACGACUGGCUCGGAUUCGUCUCGAUCGCUUCAAGUCUGUUCAAAGUGCCGAGGCGUCGCUUACUGCUCUCGGGAAUGCCAGGUAGGUAGUAGAGUCAACCAUCAAGUCAUGGCAAGGACUGGGAUCUCACGCACCCCCCGUACCCUCUUCCAGAUCAAGCAUUGGCCAUCGCACAAAUCGCAAUGCCCGAUCCUCGCCCUCUCUAACAAGAUGUCCUCUACGACCGUAUCCCCCAAACCCCAAGUCAAAUCCACGACCCCCGUCAUAAACCCCAUCGCGGACCCAUGGUCAAGUUUCAAGCCAUUCCUCGACUCCAUCUCGACCGAGCUCUGCUGGGUCCUGUCCCUCCCAUAUGUCCCUCACGUCCAUGAUCCGAUCCCUUCGACCCGUCAAGUAGCUUGGUAUCAUCUUCAUUUCUCCCUCAACCCUUCAAGAGAAGUCCACACCGACCCUAAAGCCGGCACCCCGACAUCGCAGAACAGUCGUCGACAAUUCGUCCUCAAACUCGGUCAACGAACCUCGCUUCCUACCUUCCUCGACUGGAUCCGAUCCGAACCUUCGCACACGGACCAACCUCAAAUCGUCGAACAAUACCAUAAACAACUUUCCUCGCUCGUCGAAGCCGAUCGAACGGUAUUCGAAAAAGAUGGCAAGUUGGAAAACCAAUCCCUCCGAAGGGUGAUUUGUACAGCCGAGGAUGUGAAUCGACGAUUCGUCGGUCUCUCGAUUCAAGCUUUGGGAUCGCAUACCGUAACUCGAUCGGCUUUGGAUCCUUUGAACGAAGACCUCGAUUGGGUAGGACCUUUGAGUCGGAUCUUGGAAACGAUUGAGCCCGGCGACGUUUCGGAAGAAAGUGCAAGUGGAAAUGGAGCGACGAAAUCUUCUCCUGGGGAAAAGGGAUCGACCAAAUUGUUGGAAAAGGUUGUCAGGGAGUUGAUGAAGGAUGAAGGGUGGGCGGAGAGGAGUUUGAAGAGUUGGAAAGAAGGGGACAAGAAGGAGAAUCAUUUUUUGCAUGCUGCGCUGCUGAAGAGGGGGAUUAAGGAACAGGUUUUGGUGGGAGGGAGAUUGGGGAAGGGUUAUUAUUAUGCUGUGCCGGUGUCGGGUAGGGUUCUGUGUGGGUAGGUGGGGAUUGGUGGAGAUGUGUUCGCUGACGAGCUGUCACACAUUGACUUCACGCAGAGUUCCCAACCAAAUGCUCAUGCGGACGAUUUCAUCGACCUGA